GACUGGAGCAAGAUUAUACCGAAGAAGAAACAACUUGCUGAUAUAGAUCCUUCAGCUAUAGAGGAUUUCCCACAAGAGACCUUUAAGUCAUUUACAGUAAUGCCUUUAAUAGAGGAGCACCGAGAAUCAAUCUCGUCCCAGCCGAAUGAAGAAAUGGCUGAAGCAUCAGAACAAUCAGAAGCAGAAGACAUUAAAGGUCCUUUGGAGAUACCAAGUGAAAGUUCAAAUGAAGGUAAUGAUUUGCUGCCAGAAGAUGAAUCGCCUACAAUGGAGCAAAUCACAGACAUAGGAAGAUACAAAUCAAUUUAUAUCACUGCAGAACCAAUUGAUAACAUGAGUUUAAUUUCAAGAACACAAUCUGAAAUGGAGACUCUUGAGGCCAUCAAUUAUGAUAACGUGCUUAAUGAAGGAGAAGAGCAAGAUAAAAAAUUUGGCAAAGACUCAGACACAGGAAGAAGAUUAAAGAGAAAAAGAAGUUCUAAGAUUGGGAAACUGCCUACUCAUGAGGAGAAAUCAGAUACAGUGCACUAUGAAGAAGCAACAAAAGCCAAAGUUCCAUCAAAGAAGCGAGCCUCUGAUGCAUAUGGUGAUGAAGCAUAUGAGAGUAGAGGCUCAGUUUCAAAAGCACACAUACAAACAAAGAAACAAGGAACUCACCAAAGAGGAAGAAGCAGUGCCUCUGACGCAUAUGGUGAUGAAGCAUAUGAGAGUCGAGGCUCAGUUACAAAAGCACACAUACAAACAAAGAAACAAGAAACUCACCGAAGAGGAAAAGGCAGUGUUCAAGAGGAGGAAUCAGAUACAAUGCACUAUGAAGAAGUAACAGGAGCCAAAGUUCCAUCAAAGAAGCGAGCCUCUGAUGCAUAUGGUGAUGAAACAUAUGAGAGUCGAGGCUCAGUUACAAAAGCACACACACAUACAAAGAAACAAGGAACUCACCAAAGAGGAAAAGGCAGUGUUCACGAGGAGGAAUCAGAUACAAUGAACUAUGAAGAACCAAGAAAAUCUAAAAUUUCUUCUAGAAGAAAAGGAUUUGCUCUUCCUAUUACAAAUCAGGUUGAAAUGCACAGUUCUGAGAGUCAAGGCUCAAUCUCAAAAUCAAACACAGAAACAAAGAAACAAGGAACUCACAAAAGAGGAAGAGGCAUUGCAGCCUCUGAUGCAUAUGGUGAUGAAGCAUAUGAGAGUCAAGGCUCAGUUACAAAAGCACACAUACAAACAAAGAAACAAGGAACUCACCAAAGAGGAAAAGGCAGUGAUGCUGAUGGAGCACUUAAACCUGUGAAUCAAGGGUCAGACUCUAAAGCAGACACAGAAAGAAAGAAACAUGAAUCUUCUAAAGGAGAAAGCACCAUCAGUAAGGACAGUAUUCCAGUUUUAGAUGAAGUGCAAGACAAAACCUUUGAACAUCAAGAGUCAGGAUUAAGAUUAGAAGUUCAGGCAAAGAAACUAACAUUCGGCCCUCAAAAUAUUCACAAUGAAGAAUCAGCUACAGAUAUUAAACAGGAGUAUCAAAAUGUACCAUCAAGCUCCCAAGUCCAGUUAAAGAAGCAAAAGUCUUUGGGAGGAGAAAUAUUUACUACUCAUUUUGUAGUACCAGCGGAAAGUCAUGCACAAUUAUAUCAAACGUAUACACCAGAAACACAGAUAGAAAGAGCAACAACUUCUGGCACUGGAAGACUCACUACAAUUCCUGUAGAACACCCCAAAAAGGAAGCAUCACCGGACAAUCUAUUUCCUGAGAAGAAACUUUAUAUAACUAGAGCCCCGACUCAGACCAAGAAACAGUACCCUCCUUGGGACACUAAUGCAGAGAGUCAGAACAUCAAGCUAAGGUCUGAUGAAAAUUAUAUGUCAGUAGACCCAACAUCAAAAGAUCAUCCUCAAUUUAAGAAACUGAAAACUACCCACAUAGAAAACACUGCUCAGAAAAAAACAGUCAAAGAAGUUCAGGGGAUAUCAGAACCUCAGACAAAACUGAACCCAACGAUGAGUGGCAUCAUAUUACACUUGGACAUGGACAGAGUGGUUGAGACUGACCUAGAAAACUUGGAAGAGACCAUUGUACCACAUGUAUUAAGAAGUGAACUUGAGAUUGGCACAGACGCAAAAAAUAUGCCUGAAACACCCACAUCAAGGGAAGCAGUGAGAACAGAGGCAAAGGGUAAUCUAGAUGUGACUAUUUCCAUCGCUAAAGGCAUGAAACUAAUUGGAAAACUGAAAGAUCAACAUGGUUUGAGUUCAUUUGCAAGUAAAGAUACCAUUAGUCCAGCGAAGAGCCUGAUAAAGUCAUCCAGAGACAAUCAAGAUGACAGUUUAUUGGAAACCAAACCUCAAGAAAAUAUGAGUGUCAAGCACCACCCAUCAAAGAUAUUUCCAACAAAAGUGAUCAAUAUGUUACCCUUCUCCGAAAAAUCCUUGGGAAGCACUUCAGCAAAAGUGGAUGUAGUUCCAAAACCAGUUUAUAGGACACCAAGGGGAAGGUCAAGCAUCUCUAAAGCCUUACACCAUUUACUAAAGACUUCAGAGCAUCUGAAACCAACCAGUACAAAAAAACAAAAUGCUGAUCUUGAAAAACACUUGUAUAUUUCAAUCAUAUCUGCAAAUAAACAUACACAUAAAGGUAAAAAACAUGGACAGUCUAACCAUCAAAAGUUAAAGAAACAAGAUGCUUUGACAUCUACCAAAAAGCAGAAACAUAAAGAACAGCCUAAAACUGAAACAAUAGUUGAAAAUGAUGCUAAAUUUGAUGAUAAUCUGAGGAUGACUACCUCUUCUCCAAAUAUCAAAAUCAUUAAAGAGCUAUCUAAAACUUUGUAUUUAGAUAGUGGAGAUAUUGAACCUUCAGACUUUGUGUUCAAGACAGCAUCUGCUGCAAAGAAACUUGAGAAUAAAGGGCCAUCUAAAACCAAAAACUUAAACAAGGAAAGUUCUCGAGAUAUACAUAUUCUGCACCUGACAACCUCUGCUAUAAGGACACUUUUGUUAGACGAGGAAGCUAAAAUUAGGAGCUUAGAGAAGAAAUUAAUGAAACAAUCAACAAUUCUGCAGAAAUCAGCCUCUUCUAUGAAGAAGUUUAUGUUUGAAGAGUCAUCUAAAGAGACUAAAAAGAAAAUAAAGAAAAGAAAGAUCAUUGUUAAAAGUCCACACAUUCUGCCUAUCACUACUACACAAAAGCUCACUAUCAAAGAGAAAUCUGAAAUUAGUAACUUAGAAAAGCCAAUUGUUAGAGGAACACGUAUUCUGAAAAAGUCAACCUCUCCUCGGAAGAAAAGUGUGCUCAAAGGGAAGUCUAAAUCUGCAACGUUACCCAAGAAAUGUGAUAACUUUCCAUUUGAUCUGAUUCGUUCAUCAUCUGACUCCAGCAAACAACAGGUUGAAGAGCAACCUAAGCCUGGAAAUGUAGACAAGAAAGUUUCUGAUGACUCUUACAGUCCGAACAUUUCAACAUCUCCCACAAAGAAGCAUACAUUAAAAGGACAGUCUAAAUCUAGAGCAAUAUACGAGAAAGGAGUUGACCUUCCAAAUAAUCUGGUCCUUUCAAAAUCUGCCUCCAGUAAACAAGAGUUUGAAGAGCAACCUAAGCCUGGAAAUGUAGACAAGAAAGUUUCUGAUGACUCUUACAGUCCGAACAUGUCAACAUCUCCCACAAAGAAGCAUACACUAAAAGGUCAGCCUAAGUCUGAAAACUCUGAUGAAAAAGGUAUCAAACGUCCAAAUAAUCUGCACAUGCCUGCCUCUGUUGCAAGGAAGCGUCUCCUUAAAGCAUUAAGUACUAUUCCAUGAAAGCUUACUGGACUUCUACACUUGAAAGAAUCCUAGUGGUAAGCAGCAUGAAGAUAUUCAUGGAUGCAGUGAGGCAAAUCGCAAUCGGAACCAAUGUGUGGGAAGCCAUAUGAAUGGAUGGUAUUUAUAGAACAGAGUGGUGUGGAA